UAUAAAUACAAUCUGCCUAAGUUACAUAAAUUGUAAAGAAGUUUCCCCAUUGCAAUUUGUCUUGCUAAGGUAACAACAUUUCGCUUGCUCUUGCUUUUCUUGAAAGCAUCUAUUGAGAUCUAUAUUUACCAGAGAAUGUUAUACUCCUAUAAAUAGUAGGUGCGAGAUUUUGUCGCCUCUAGCAAGAUAAAUUGCUAAGGGAAAAACUUCUUUUACAAUGCUACUGUAGGUGGAUCUUAGGAAUACAAAUAGCGAAAACCAUAUAGCAAGAAAGGCUUCACGUUCAAUGUCACUGUCCUUCCCCAUAAAUUCGUCUAACCACCAACCAUAAGUGGCUUUAUGAGAUGGAAUUUUCACACAUUUACCUCGAAUCUCCAAUAAUUGAUUAUUUAUUCUUAUAUUAUUUUCUGAGUCAAUUGAAAUUAAUACAUAUUCUUUAGUAAAGAGAAAGACCUCCCAAAACUAACAUAUCCUCGAGGAAAGACAAAAUGUAUUAGUUUUCGGGCACCAUUUCUCCUCAAAACAAAACAAUUGAUCUAGGUUUUUAUCGAAUAUGGUAAGUGAAAUUUAGUACAAAAUCAUAGAUGCUUUUUUAUUAGGUUUGACAGGAUAAGUUUCGCUGAUCGGAAAAGACCACGCUACCCAUUAACAAGACUUAGUAAGCGUUUGGACAUAAAAAUUGUAAUCUUUAAAAAAUAGUUUGAAAAUCAAUUUUGAUUUCAGAUUAACAAAUUUUAUCUCGGUCCCUUUUUUUUAUUUUUUUAUUUAGGUCUCUAUAAUUCUUUUUUAUCUGAAUUUACUACUAUUAUUUUUAACUGUUUGUACCUUAUGACUGGAUAACCCCUCUACCUUCGCCCUACUGUCGCAUCUAUCGUUUCGUCUGAUUAUAUAGUAAAUCAAUUGGCUUUCUGGUAAUUCUAGAAUAUAGUAACAUAAAUAUACGUUUAAUAAAUUUUUGUUUAUUAUUUUUCCAUGUACAAGCAUACACAAUAAUUUCUAAAAUCAAUUUCUUCUAAAAUAAAAUCGAAAAAGGCGAUUACUUUUGUAAAUUGGUUUAAUUUAAAACCAAAUAUAAAAUCAAAUUCAGAGGGUCCACAGCCUUUGUUCAAAAUCAUGCAGGCACGUCUUGUUAAAAGCGAAUAUGACGUGAACGCAAAAAGGCAGCAAAUAUGGAAGGGAAAAGAAAAGAAAUCCUUCAUUUUCUAUCAACAUUUCCCUUUCUCUUCUAUAGAUGCCACCUUUUGUGUUAGAAUCAGACAAGGAACAGGCCACAGACAACUAAAAAGUGAAGUAUUUUUUCUUCUGAAUGUUUUUAAGGAUUCUGUUUAGUGUUUAGGACUUUCUUCUCAUUGUUCCAAACAUCAUAUAUAUUCUCAUCCCUUCUCUCCCUUUUUUGGGUCUAUCAAUCAAUUUAAUUACAUUUUUAAUCUUGUAUCGAUUGUAGAUCAAUUAUAUGAAUUUUCUAUAUAAUUGCUUUAAUUUUCUUAUUUAUUCAUUUUCUCUGGUUGAAUAAUUAGCAUUUUCCACCUUUCUAUCUGGUUUUUAGGACUAAAUCAAAGUUGUGAAGCAUUGAUUUUAGGCUGCUGUAUAGAUUAGCUUAUAGGGGUACACAACCAUGGGAAAGCCCUCAGGGAAAAAGAAAAGUCAUGUAAAAUCAAAAUCAAAUGCUGGAAAUGUGAAACAUAGUAAAGCUGCUUCAGAGCAUAAAUCCAAAGCAUUUGAUGAGGACACAGCUGUGUUUAUCAAGAUGUCUCAAGAACUGAAGGAAGAAGGAAACAAGCUCUUUCAGAAACGCGAUCACGAGGGCGCUAUGUUGAAGUAUGAAAAAGCCAUCAAAUUACUUCCUAGGAAUCAUAUUGAUGUUGCCUAUUUGCAUAGCAACAUGGCUACUUGCUACAUGCAAAUGGGUAUUAGGGAACUACCAAAAGCUAUAAAUGAAUGUAACUUGGCACUUGAAGUUGCUCCAAAAUAUAGUAAAGCUUUGUUGAAGAGAGCAAAGUGUUAUGAAUCAUUGAAUAGGCUUGACUUAGCUUUAAGGGAUGUGAACCAUGUUUUGAGUAUUGAACCUAAUAAUUUGACUGCAUUGGAGAUUGCAGAUAAGGUUAAAAGGGGAAUAGAAGAAAAGUUUCUUAAUGUUGAAUAUAAAAAAUUAGUAUUGCCACCUCCACUAUCUACCGAUGUUGUGAAGGAUAACAUGAAAAAGAAAAAGAACAAUAAAUUUGAUAGAAAGAAAGCUGUUGAGAUUAAGGAAGCUAAGGUUGAUGGGGUCAAAGAAGAGAAGACAGAGGACAAGGUGGUUGUGGAGGAGAAGAGAAGCGUUGAGGAAGAAAAACCAGCGACAAGAACAGUGAAGUUGGUUCUCGGGGAGGAUAUAAGAUGUGCACAGUUACCAGUUAGUUGCAGUUUUCAACUUGUGAGAGACGUAGUUCAAGAUCGAUUUCCAAACUUGAAGGGUGCACUUAUCAAGUAUAGGGAUCAAGAAGGUGACUUGGUUACUAUCACAACUACUGAUGAGCUCAGGUUGGCUGAAUCAUCCGUUGAUACUCGGGGUUCUUUAAGACUCUACAUUACAGAAGUUAGUCCUGAUGAAGAACCUAUGUAUGAGGCAAUGAGGGUUGAAAAAGAUGUGAAUCUCAGUAUUUGCACAUCAACUAUAGUCACGAAGGAAAAGAGGAAACUGGAUAAAGGGCCAACAUGCCCCGGGAACUGGAUUGUCCAAUUUGCUACGCUAUUCAAGAAUCAUGUUGGAGUGGAUUGUGACUCAUAUCUGGAUCUUCACGAUACAGGAAUGAAGUUAUAUUCAGAAGCUAUGGAGGACACUGUUACAAAUGCAGAAGCAGAAGAGCUUUUUGAAAUUGCUUCAGCUCAGUUCCAAGAGAUGGCAGCUUUGUCUUUGUUUAAUUGGGGAAAUGUGCAUAUGUCUAGAGCAAGAAAAGAAGUGUUUUUCACAGAAGAAGGUUCUGGGGAGUCGGUAUCUGAACAGGUUAAAUCUGCAUAUGAAUGGGCAGAAAAAGAAUAUGAAAUGGCAGAAAUGAGAUAUGAAGAAGCUCUUAGAGUCAAGCCAGAUUUCUACGAAAGCCUUCUUUCACUCGGUCAGCAGCAGUUUGAACAAGCAAAACUCUCUUGGUACUAUUUGAUUGGUAGUAAAGUAGAGUUAGAGACAGGGACAUGUGCAGAGAUCUUGGAGCUCUAUAACAAGGCUGAGGAUAGUAUAGAAAGAGGGAUCGAAAUGUGGGAAGAGAUGGAAGAACAGUGUCUAAAUGGACUCUCGAAACACGAUGAAUAUAAAGCUCAGUUGCAGAAAAGGGGUUUGGAAGGUAUACUUAAAGAUAAACCAGCUGGAGAAGCUAAAGAGCAAGCUGAAAACAUGAGGUCUCAGAUUUACCUGUUAUGGGGAACCAUUCUCUAUGAACGUUCUGUCGUGGAAUUUAAGAUAGGAUUACCAACCUGGGAAGAAUGUCUAGAGGUUGCAGUUGAAAAGUUUGAACUAGCUGGAGCAUCUCAAACUGAUAUUGCAGUCAUGAUAAAGAACCACUGUUCCAAUGAAACUGCUAUGGAAGGGUUCAAGGUUGAUGAGAUUGUACAGGCAUGGAGUGAAAUAUAUGAUACAAACAGGUGGCAAACUGGGGUGCCAGCUUUCAGGCUAGAACCGCUGUUCCGUCGUCGGGUUUCAAGUCUUCAUUCUAUACUGGAAAAUCUUUGAAUUGCAAAGCUUAUGAUACAUUAAAGCAGAGACUAUUGGUAUUGCCUCUACAAGUUUAUGUGGUGAUAAACUUCCCAAGUCAAUAUAUCCUUUUUUGUGAAACUACUGUCUUCAUGAUCUGUUUUUUUACUUUUGGAGCAAGUAGCUGUUACAUCACCGAGUUUUGGCUUUGAAGAGAUUGUUUUGUUCUAGGAUGUCAAGGUUGCUGUAUCAUCAUUGGCUUUUACGGUUUUGGUUAAUCUUGGUUAGAGGACCCAUGCAAAGUAUCUCUUAGUGAUUUGCAUUAUUUGCAUUCAAUUUUUCACACAGCUAGUAAAGUAAAGCACUGGAUUAGUAAGUCUGUUGCACAUAGAAAAUAGCAUAUUCAGUUUUCAUCUUCACUCAAUCCCACAGAUUUUGUAUAAUGUAUUUGUUAGAAAUUGUCCUUUUUCAAAUCA